AUACGAUUCAACAACACUCGAUCUUCAUUGAUCAACCAAAAAACAAAGUCGUUGCAGAGAAAUAAAUAAGUGGCGGCUAAGCAAAACAAGAAAUUUUAAUGUGCCGCAGUUGACAUUUUAAACAUCCAGUUGCAAUACUGGACCAAGUCAGAUCAACACACCUACCUUAAUCUCUGUCCAAACCAUUAUAUAGUAACACAGAGCUCUCAUGCUCUUGUAUUUUCGAACAUGUCAAUACAACUCAGCUCCCAUGUCUUUGCAGGCAAUCCCAUAAUAUCUAAAACACCUAAACUAACCGACUCUGUUUCAUUCUCCUCUGCUUUUCAGACCCUCAAAGCAUACUUCUCUUCUGAUCAUGGUACUCAAGGUUCAUGUCCGAAUUUUAAGGUUUUGCCUUUCAGAAAGGGAAGGCCACUGGUGGGGUCUUCCGGUGAUUUGGUUCCGACAUGGCACUUGGGUUGGUUGAGUUUGAGUGAGUGUCAAGCUUUCUUGGGAAAGUCUCGAGUUAAGUUGACUGAAAAUUCGUUUGUUUAUUUGGGUUCUGAGUUGGCUGAUGAGGUUGUUUUUUGGGCAAUUGAUGUGUCUGAUGCUGGUGAUCUGGAGAAUGAGAUGAGUGAUAUGCAGUUAAGCUUUGUGGAUGUGAUGAGUUUGAUGGUUGCCACGGAUUGGACUAACCAGCUUGUUAUGGCUGAUCUUGCUAUUGCUGGCCAGGCCAAAGCUUUGUUGGAGUGGCAUAUUACAUCAUGCUUUUGUGGGAAAUGUGGAGAGAAAACUGUGCCAAUAGAUGCUGGGAGACGAAAGCAAUGUUCAAAUGAGUCCUGCAAAAAGAGAAUUUACCCACGAGUUGAUCCGGUUGUCAUUAUGUUAGUCGUAGAUAAACAGAGAGACCGUGCACUUCUAAGCAGACAGUCAAAAUUUGUGCCACGAAUGUGGAGUACUCUUGCUGGGUUCAUAGAGCCAGGUGAAAGCUUGGAAGAGGCAGUGAAGCGUGAAACGUGGGAGGAGACUGGUAUUGAGGUUGGAGAAGUUAUCUAUCAUAGCUCUCAGCCUUGGCCUGUUGGACCUAGUAGCAUGCCUUGCCAGUUAAUGGUGGGUUUCCUGGCAUAUGCUAAGUCGUUUGAAAUAAAUGUGGACAAGAAUGAAUUGGAAGAUGCCCAAUGGUUCAGUAGAGAAGAUGUCAAGAAGGCUUUAACAUUUGCUGAAUACGAGAAGGCGCAAACGACAACAGCAGUGAAAGUGAAGCAGAUGAGCAAAGGAGUCGAAAAAAGUUUUAACCUAUCUUUGGACUUCAACAUGGAAAGUGGAGAACUUGCUUCCAUGUUUAUCCCUGGACCAUACGCGGUCGCUCAUCACUUGAUUGCUUCUUGGGUCAACGAGGCUGGAGUAAAUGAUAUUCAAGGACACAAUUAACAGUCUGAUAGUUCUUCAUUAAAUCUGUAGCAGACACAUUGUAUCUGCAUUUGUUUUGGUUUAAUUCUUUUCAUCUAUUUGUGUAGGAUGACAUUAUAUAUUCAUCCAUGCAAGUAAUCUAUUGUAGAGUAUUUUUUUUUUUAAAUGUAAGCUUCGUUACUGUCUUUGCCUAAUAACAGUCACAAGAUUCACCAUU